ACCAGCAGGUUCGACAAGAUACUGGAAUAUAAAUAUGAGAGAGAGUAACUUCUCUAAUCCACAGCAGAAUAGAGCAUCUUGUGUUGUAUCUACUUCUUUCUUUGAUCGUAAAGCUUUAGAUACACGAGAUCCGGUAGCAUUGAUAAAUUCACUCACAAAUUUACAAUAUCUUACCUCCGUUUCUCAAAAAGUAAGAGAUAUCGUCGCACUCGACGGUGGCAUCGAGCGCUUAGUAAGGAUAAUGAAGUGGGCGAUGUCUAUUCUAUUAGUCCCAGGCGCUAGCGCAAGCCCGACGCCUUUCCUUUUACCUGCAGAUCGCGGUUCUCAGCCGCUCCAGGGCGUGUAUGACAGGCAGAUUCUUUACAUCUGGACAUUGGCAUUUCAAUGUUGUGUCAACAUCGGUGUAAGAGGUUCUGAAGAGCUUCGUACUAAAGUUGUACAAGCUGGUGUACUCGAUGUGGCUGGUGCGAUAUUAGGCACUUGGAAAGCCUCGAUGGACAGAUAUCGCCUUAAAAAGAUAAAGGAAUAUCAUUUACAUACAAUUAGUCUGAGAGCUUGGCUCAAUGACCAGCAUAACCGCAAAGUAUCGAAAUCAACUCAGCCAACAAAUCGUUCAGUCACACCUGAAUCGAGCUUAUUAGCUGAUGAUGAACAAAUAAAUGGACUCAAUGAAGUUCCUCAAGUCUCCCCAAUGCCACCAGCCGUACCAAAUAGUACACCUAAUUUUACAGAACAGAACAACGAUCAAGUAGAACCAUCAACAUCAGCGCAAACUGAAGCAUCAGUCUCGAGGUCAUCAAGUGUGGUUCAGUCGGAGGAUGAUGCUGAGGAACAGCAACCUGAAACCAGCUCUUACGUAAGAGCAAGAUCCGGAACAGUUGUGCCAUCUAGUCAAAGUCAACAACUGCAAUCAAAUCCACAAUUGACUCCAGCAAAUACACCUCAAGCACCUGUAAUUCAACAGCAAACGCCACAGCAACCGCAAUUAACACAACCAGUACAAUCACCAAAUUCAUCUCCAAUUACACGCAGACCAAUCGAGCAUAUAGAAUACUUCAGACCAGAAGAGAAUACGAUAUACCGCGAAGAGGACGUUUUAUUAGCCUUACAAUUAUUAGCAUACAUUUCUAAAUACCCACACAUAAGAGAAGGUUUCCAAGCUCCUUCUAGAGCAUGGCAAGUAGGCAGACCAUCAUUCGAUCCUGAGGAGAAUCCUAUGGAUAGACUAGCUUAUAGGGAUUAUUACAAGAGAAACCUCUUCUACGUAGUUGAAUCAUUCACUUACGAGGGUCAUAUUGAUGAUCCUACUUCAAUCUAUUUGCCCUCAGAAAUAAGAUACUGGGCGGGUGUUACGAUGAGGAAUGCUUGCAGAAAGCAUGAAAGUUUCAACGGUAUAAGACAAUGUGCAAAUGUUGCAUGCGGUAAGUGGGAGUCAUCGCCCAAGGAAUUUGCGAAAUGUAGAAUAUGUAGAAAAGCAAAAUAUUGCAGUAAAGAAUGUCAAUCUAGAGCUUGGAGAGUUGGGCAUCGCUUUUGGUGCCAAACACGUUCUGAUAUGGCAAACGAAAGCGAAAAUUUCGUACCUACAUACCUAGCAAGAGAUGAUAAUCAACAAACUCCAAUUAUCAGACCAGAACCUCAAGCGCCCGCACAACAAAUUCCUCAACCAGGAUCCCCAUUAGCGACGAUUAAUCAAAUCAAUAGAGAUUUCGAUAAUUGGACGAACGUAAAUCAAGAACCAGAUACAACUGCAAACAUAUUCGAAGAUGAAUUUACUAGAAGGUUCACCGGUAUUGAACAAACACCUAAUCCACAAAACCAUUUUCAACUACCUCCAUUGAGAUUCAAUGAUGAUGUAGGUGUUGGUAAUGCUACCUUGGCUACUGCUGAGCAGACGCCUUCACCACCUCAACAACCUGUUUCACCAGGGCUGACAGCCUCAAUUUCAGAAGGUGCAGAAGAACGGGAGAGACGUCAUCAAACACAGGAUUACCUUCCACGUACGAGAUCAGCAUUAUCUGAAGUUUUAACAGUUUCUUCAGAGGAUCAUGAAAUGCAAGUCGAUUAAAUAGCAUCGUGCAUAUCCACCAAUUUUUGCAUCAAUUUUUGUUUUUACAUGUGUUUCGAUAAAACUCUUAAA